UAUGGAACCUACAGUAAAUUAAUUCUAAGUGAAUCCAGAAGAUUCAAAAGAAAAAGAGUCUGCUUAAAUCUCUAACAUUGUUGUAUUUGAAACAAUCGGCACUUUGUUAGUUAUUUAUGGAGCAUUAGCUGCUGAGUAAAUUAAAUAAUUAUAAUUUAUGUAGAAAUAAUUUUGGAUUAUCUCUUGUCUAUUUUAUAAGUCUAAUAUUGUUUGGUCGUUUAAGUGGAGGUUAUUUCAAUCCAAUUUGCACAUUAAUUGGAUUUAUAGAUGGAGCUAUAAAUAAAAAAAAGACACUUACCUUUGUUGGCUCUUAAAUAUUAGCAAGUUUAAUUGCUGGAAUGUUUAUAAUGCCUUUAUUUGCAAAUAGUUCUAAUUUACCUUAUUAUGAAUCGUAAAUCAAUAUAAUCAUUUUAGACUACCAACUCAUUAAGUUUUAGGAACUUUAAUGUCUGAGAUUGCUGGUUCAGUUAUUUUCUUUACAUUUGUGUAAAUUCAAACAGCAGAAAACACAAAAAUUACUACAACAUAAGUUUAAUCAGCAGCAUUUAUUAGCAUUAUUUAUUUUGUAGCCAGAUAGUAAAUUAUAAAUAUUAUUAUAGGUAUACUGCAACUAUGGGUAAUAGUCUAUUCAAUCCAGCAGCUGCAUUUGGGUAAGAUUUUUAAUAAAAAUAGACUUUAAUUGUUUUAUGGAAUAUAUUAUGGAAGAUGGAAUUAGAUGAUAAACUUAUUAAUGUUUGUUAUGGGACCAUGGAUAGGUGCUCUUUUGGCAAUAACAUUUUAUUGGAAGAUUUAUACUCCAACAUUAGUAAGUAAAUCUUUAAAUUGAG